AUGUUUAUCACAGUAACAACUCAUGUGGAUGAACGCCACCUGGAUAAAGACCGAAACCUCUCAGCCAGAGAGGAGGGGGAUGAGGAUGAAGGCGUGGAGUUCGGGACGCUGUCUGACAAGUUUUCUUCCAGAAAAUAUUAUCGCAAAACCACGUCGCACUUUCAGAAUUUAAAGCUUCACGAAGGAGAAGAAGAAGAACCAGAGGGGAAACCCCGGCGCCGGCCCCGGAACACCCCGCGCUGGUACUUCCUGCGCUGCAAAGGCCUCCUCAGGGAGGACAAGCUGGCAGAGGCUCUGGAGCUGUUGUUAAAGGAUGAGCGUGUGCAGCCAGAGGAAAGCAACUACACUGUCCUGAUAGGUGGCUGUGGCCGGGCUGGCUACGUCAAGAAGGCUUUCAGGCUCUACAAUGAUAUGAAAAAACGAGGCUUGGUGCCCACCGAGGCCACCUACACGGCCCUGUUCAACGCCUGUGCCGAGUCGCCGUGGAAGGACUCGGGGCUGCAGAGCGCCCUCAAGCUGCGGCAGCAGCUGCAGAGCAAGGACCAGGAGCUGAACCUCAUCACCUACCACGCUUUGCUGAAGGUCUGUGCCCUCUGCGCCGACCUCAGGAUGUGCUUGGAUGUGCUGAAGGAAAUUGUACAGAAGGGCCAUGUUCCCACAGUAGAGACCUUCAGCUUCCUCCUCAUGAGUUGCAUAAAGGACAGAGACUGUGGUUUCCGACAUGCCUUGCAGGUCUGGAAACAAAUGACCACACUAGGGAUAAGGGCUGACAGCCACAUCUACAACCUGCUGCUUCGUGCUGCCAGGGACUGCGGGGUGGGGGACCCGGCCGUGGCGUCCCAGCUCCUGCUCACACCCCCCCAGCAGCACCCACCUCAGCUCAGGCUGCCACCCGGGAGGCAGAAAGGAAAAAGGCAGAUGAAGAAGGGAGCAGAGAGCACAGCUGCUGUCCAGCUGGAUGUGGAAGCUAUGGAAAAGCAGUUAUUUCUGGAGAGUUCAGUGCAGCCUGAGGAGCUGAUCCAGCAACAAAACAAAGAUGUGAAUUGGGCCAACGCAGAACCAGCUGCUCUGGACAACCCCAGCACAGCUCCCAGCAGAAUGGCAGCAUUGCUGCCCAACCUCCUGGAUUCUGGGAUGCCCAACGCAGCCGUGGUUUCCCUGGGGUCAGUGGCCAGGCCAUCUGACAGACUGGCUUUGAUGGGGGACGUGGAAGGCUUCCUGAGGAGAAUGAAAGAGGACAAUGCAGAACCCAACAUUAAAACAUUCACGUUGCUGGCUGAGCUGGUAGAGCCCCAGAGCCCCUCUGAGUCCUCUUUGCUGGCACUCCUGGAUAAGCAUAAAGUGAAUGUAGAUGUGACCUUCUUUAACACUUUAAUAAGGAAGAAGAGUAAACGAGGAGAUCUGGAAGGAGCAAAGAGCUUGCUGCCAGCUCUGGUGAAGAGGGGACUGUCACCCAACCUCCAGACCUUCUGUAGCUUGGCCAUCGCCUGCCACCAGGAGAAGGAGGGGCUGCAGUUACUGGCAGAUCUGAAGAGGUCUGGAGUUACUCCCAACAAGUACAUCUACAGCACGCUGAUCGCCGGUGCUGUCCGGCAGCUGGAUUACCGCUACCUGACCCAGAUCCUGAGGGACAUGAGGAGCAACCAGGUGCCUCCCAACGAAGUCAUCAUCCGCCAGCUGGAGUUUGCAGCACAGUACCCUCCCAAAUUUGACAGGUACAAGUCAAAGAACAUAUACCUGGAGAAAAUCGAUGGUUUCCGUGGCUACUACUACCGGUGGUUGAAAGUGAUGGCAGGAGAGGAGACUCCCCACCCCUGGGCAAAGUACAGAACGGUGAAAGGUGGGGCAGGUGACAGGGGGGAUGAGGCUGAGCAAGAGGAGAAGGAGCUGUGA